GACUCUGAAAUGCAAUAAGUCGUUUAACCGGCAUGAAUUAUUUUCGAAUGUGCAUGCCCGCACCACUACAUCCAUGAUAACACGCCGAAGUUAAAAGUGAUAAAAUAUGAAAUUCUCUCACUAUUCACAUAAAUCGAUAUCUAUCGAAUUACAAUUAUUGACGUUUGUUGCGUUUAUAGAAAAAAAAAAAAACAAAGGUGUUUGUAAACAGUGUACAGGUGAUUUGUUUUAGCCGGUUUUAGCUUGAGGUUUUAUGACUAAAAAAGUUGGAGAAGCGAAGGAUAGUAAACCGACGAAAUAAUUCGUUUCUAACCACAAGGAAAUGCCUCGAAGUGUCCGUGCAGCCGGUUUUGUAAUUUUUAGGUACAUCAGCAGUAAAAUUGAGUACCUGUUACUACAGGCGUCAUAUGGGGAGCAUCAUUGGACACCUCCAAAAGGUCAUGUAGAUCCAGGAGAAUCGGAUAUUACAACUGCAUACAGAGAAACUGAAGAAGAAGCUGGAUUAAAGAAAGAUGAUUUGAAAAUUUUUGAAGAUUUUGAAAAGACUCUACAGUACAACGUUCGUGGACGACCAAAAGAAGUUGUUUACUGGCUUGCCCAGUUAAAGAAUAUAGAUACUCCAGUGCAACUGUCAAAGGAACACCAAGAGUACAAAUGGCUUGAACUUCAAGCAGCAUGUGAACUGGCAAAGUAUCCUGAGAUGCAGAAGCUGCUACAGGAAUGUGAUAGUUUUUUAAUGUCAAGAAGUUCUUUAUGAAUUUUUGUCUCGUGGAAAACAUUGCUGUGUAAAUGUGUUGAUACAUCUAAUACCUUUGUAAAUUGCAAAGCUAUCAUAUGUUGUCCAGAUGCACUAUGUUUGGUGUAGGGAAACUAGAAAAAUUAUAAGCCUGAUUCUUGUUUACCACUGCAAGCAGGUUCAAAGAUAACUUGAUCUUCAUGGCUGUAUUUUACUUCCUGUGACCCUAGAUACAGUUUACAUAUAUAUUGUCAAAUAAUCAUAUUUGCAGAUAUGAAUUCCUCAGUGAUGUUUUGUAAUGGAUAGAGCACACUAGGUGGAGAUGAGUAGGAGAACAUAAAGUUGAAUAAGAGAGCCAGAAAACUUAAAAUACAGUAUUUUGUCAGACAAAAACAUUGUAUUUCUGAUGGUGAAAUGCAAAUAAGCAAAUCAGAUAUUAUAUAAAAUUUAAAUAAUUA